AGAGCCUUCACGAGAUUCCAUUCAAUCCGCUUCGUUUCCCCACAAUCAUCUUUCUGUCUUCUUCGACCUUGCAGAACUAGCAACGAUGGGAUCUUCAGACGCUACCCCGUUUCCUCUUACUUUGAACGACAAGCCCGAGGGCGAGAACAAAUUCCCGCGGUACAAGAAGGUCUCGUUCGAUGAGAUCGACUACAGCGACCCAAGUCAGCUCAAGGCGGCGCAGAUGAGCGAGGUGCAGCAUCAGUGGGUGAAGCUGUACGCUAUGCGGACGGUGCGCAAGGCCCUUCAGAUGUGCUACGAUACCAAGGGCGUGAACCACAUUGAAGACUGCAGAGAGCUUGCUCUGCGAUACACCGAGAUGCUGCCUUCCCACCGACUCCACGGCUACACUGGUGUUCAGCGAAACGAUCCCUCGAAAUAAAUCCGAAUCCGACUGCGAGUUUAUGCUGUGACCCCGACGGACGGAGAGACUGGGUUUCUAAAGACAUAAAGAACGUCGAAAACGGAUAUACGUAUAUAAAUAUGUGUAUCUGAACAGUCGAGAAUCCAGCUUCUCCAACCUCUACCAUCAUCAUUCUUCCAAUGUGAUAUUUCGUCUGCUUCACGGUUAUAACUCGCCAACCUCUACCGUUGCAUUACUUCACCUAGACUUCACCUCCAGCUCCUUUUUUCUCCUUUACAGCUUUUCACCAAACUAUCAAUUCCAGGGCGCUUUAUUCUCUUUUUUCAUUUCAGAUUUCUAUUCAGCUGUUUCAUAAUCGUGUCGGUUCGAGAGAGCAGGUUUAUUUAUUGAGUUUUGAUUGCGUUUAUCAGUUAUAUAGUUAUAUAGUUAUUACAAAAAUUAUGUAUGUAGUCAUAACUACUUAUUUUCGGGUUUGCGACUCUUCAAUUUAGACAGAUCUGCUAUAUCCAGUGAUUC